AUGUUUCCCACCCGGUUGCCCGAGCUGGGGUCCCGUGAGCAAAAGACGCAGCAGAUAAAGUCUUGGACUGGCUCGGAAACUGACAAAACUACCUCGGAAUAUCGUCCGCCAUCAAAGAUCAAGUUUCCAUUGAGCGUGGCCCUUAUAGCUGCUUGCUAUGCUGGCGACCGUGACGAAUUCAAAAGAAUACUUAGUUUAGGUAUUGAUGUUAAUACGAAGAACCAAGAUGGGAUGACGUGCGUCCAUCAGUGCUGUAUCAACGGGGAUUACGACUUCUUAGAAUUCCUUAUCAAAGAAGGGGCAAAUUUAAACGUACAGGACAACGAAGGAUGGACGCCACUACAUGCGGCCGCUUCCGUCGGAUGUGAAGAGCUAGUAAGGCUUCUAGUGGACAAUGGUGCUAAUCUCGCCCUACUCAGCUGUGAUAUGGAAUUGCCCGUUGACGUGUCUCAGAAUGACGCAGUCACCAGUUUGCUCAACGAGGCGAUGGAAUCACAGGGUAUCGAUCCAGUUGCGGCUCGUCAAAACGAACAGACAAUGCUUCUGCGUGAUGCCAAACAAUGGCAAGCUAACGGGCGAUAUGAGCCCGUUAUCGACCCUCGAACAGGAGCAUCACCUCUUCAUGUCGCUGCAUGUAAAGACUAUACCGAUGUAUUAGAAGUGUUGCUCAAACUUCCCGGUGUGAAUGUGAACUGCCAGGAUAACGAUGGAUGGACCCCGUUGCAUGCCGCGGCUCACUGGAAUCGCGAACAGUCCGCCCGUCUUCUUGUCGAGGCCGGGGCUAGCUUUGAUACCUAUACACACACGAAUCAGUCGAUUUUCGAUGUGGCGGAUAAACAAAUAACCAUUCUUCUCCGACAGCUUCGCGAACGUCAACGUGGGAGGGCUCCUCCCGCCCCGGUGGCUCCAGUAGUACCAGUUCAAACGGAACCAGCUACACCUCUUCCUUCUGAUGAGUCUUCGGAAAGUGAAGAAUCUGAGGGGAGCAUUGAGGUGAAAGACGAAGGAGAGGAGGAGGAGGAGGAGGCGAAACCACCGGUCAGUCUCGUCCAGAGCACUUCUGGAUUAGCAGAACGGCAGUCUCAGGCAUUGAAUGCGGUCGCUAGCGGUGACGUAGUGACAGAGAGCAAAGCAGCCGCUAAUAUCAGUGUUGGCACCCAACCUAUUUCUCCAAAUGACGUGAACAAGUCAACUGAGAAAACAUAUCCUGACCCUGUAGUGCCUUCUUGGCGCAAAAGUCCUCCUCUCCCCAUCGGUGAACCAGAUGCCCUGUUCGUCAAUCAAACACUGAAGCGUGCUUCUCCCCCUCUGAAGCCGAAAGAGGCUGUGUCUAGUGACACACAACGAGAUCGAAUGUUGUCGGGGAGUCAACAAUCCGAACUGAAUGGGGUGCCGGAAAAACCGACUGGUCUGCUGGAAUCUCCAAAAGCAACAGAACCACCGAACGACACUUCAGACAAACCAGGGGCCUCUGUCCUAAUCAAUGGAUCUCCAUCAGAGCGCCUAAAAUCUGCUGAUUCAGCAACUGCCGAGAAUCAAUCAACAGUAUCCGAAUCUCAUCCGAAUGUCAGUUCGGCUGUCACAGCACGUCAACGAAGGUAUUCGAGGGACCACUCUCCUCCUCCUUCUGCGGCAGGUUCUAGAAAAGUCACAUUUGGUGGAGGUACGACAGUGAAUUCCUCUCGAAUCGUGACUAUCCGCAAACGGCAACCUGGGGCUGCCGCUGUUAGUGAUUCUCGGCAAGUCGAAGAAGUUAAGCCAGCGCCUAUUUCACGUUCACCAUCGCCCAAGUUGAAGGAUGAUGUCACGAGUGGACGGCGCAUUUCUCUUCUAAUGUCUCCGGCCAAAUCGGUGGAAACCGAGACUCAGCGGAGUGUGAAGGCACGUUACGUCCGGUCCACUAGACGUUCUACUCAGGGUGUGUCAGCGGAAGAGGUGGAGGAAGCUAAGAAGCUCAUCUGUGACAACAAGAACAACAGUGCUGCUAUCCAGCCGACAACUCCGCUUCCGUCCACAAACACAGUUACUGAACGGACACGAGCGCAACCGUCUGCCAGUGAGGACGUCCGAACUUCUUCGAGCUAUCUCUCGACCUUGGAUAGGCCCCUUUCACCAGAUUCUUCUGUUGGUCGGGCCUCAGACGCCCUGGAGAGCUACCGAUAUCGUCGAAUUGAGGGUCGUUCUGGUCUGAAAGAUAGUGUGGCACCAUCUCGCCUCAGGUCACGUGACACUUCCGGAACAUCUGUGAACUCACUGUCCUCCUCCACCAACCCAUCUAUCACUCGGCAAGCAGCUGUUGAUGAGUAUCCCUCAACUGCCAGCCAGCUACGUAGCACAGCCGCUAGCGACAGCAAGCACAUUGAGCUAGAAGCCUCCGAUAGUGUAGAACACUUACUUCGCCAACGACGCCGCAUCGUCCGAGGACUGAAUUCUCCCACAUAUGGCACCUCUGAGACACUCGCACCUCCAUCCUGCACUAUGUCCCCAUCGGUUACUUCGGCUGAUUCCAGUUCACCCGUUGUUUCCAGGCCAUUCAGCCGGUUCCUCCAUUCGACCGAUUCAUCUGUCCCCCAACAAAACCACGUGUCCGAGGGCUUGAACUUCUCAUGGAACUCCGCCAGAACCAGUGCUGCACCGUCAAUGACAACCAGCCUGGUUUCGUCCUUCACACCUAACUCAUCCGUUGGUGUGUCAGGAACAAGUGACUCGCGUGGCACCACCACCUACCGUGAUCGGCUGGCGCCUUCUGCUGAGACACCCGACUACAGACGGUUGUACGAAGCGGAAAAGGCGGAGAAGGAUCGUCUAAUGCGAGAAUUGGAUCGGAUCACCAAGGAGAAUGCCAAUCUACGGUUGCAGCUGACUCGAUUGAAUAAAGAGGAUUCCCGUUCGGGGGUCAACUCGCUGAACAGCACGGCCCAAGUAACAGAUGAGCUCCAUAAUCGCCUGCUAUAUCAUGAGGACCAGCUCAAGGAACUAAAUCGGUUGCGAGAAGAGAACGCCAAAAUGAAAGAGGAAAAUGGCGCACUUAUUCGCGUGAUCAGUAAACUUUCCAAACCGGUUUGACGUGCAUUUCUCCUCAGAUUGGUCUAUAUCAUCUUCCAGCGCCUGCGCUCACCUUUGCCGUCUCUCUCUCUCCCUGGCCUCCUCCGUAACUGUCCGGUCAAGUGUGACUGCUGCUCACACGCAUACCUACCUGCCUUUUGUUGCAUCAAACAUCGUAAUUCGCUUCAUGUUCUUCCAGCGCGCUCACCUUUGCCGUCUCUCUCUCUCCCUGGCCUUCUCCGUAACUGUCCGGUCAAGUGUGACUGCUGCUCACACGCAUACCUACCUGCCUUUUGUUGCAUCAAACAUCGUAAUUCGCUUCAUGUUCGUUACGCAUCGGUGGAGCGGUAGGUUCUCUGUUUCGCGUGAUGACGGUGCCUAGUGGCCGACAAAUUUUUGUUGUAUUCUCGCCCCGAGACAGACUGCAAGCAGCGUUGCCUUUUCUGUUCAUAUCUAUUCUACCCCUUUCCAGCUCGUUUCCUGUGCACUGUGCUAUUUUUCUACCCCAGUUUUUCAAUCCACGCGGUUCGUCGUGUACGAAGCACACGUCCUUGUUCUUUUCGACUGUCCUAAAGAAGUAUAUUGCGCCGCAUCCCUCCCCCCGCCAACAUACACUUAUCAAACCACCUCAUAUACUCUUCUACAUCCUUUUCCACAAGAAUCUGAUACAGCGUGUUGCUUACGUUUUUCGAUCUCCGACAGACAGCUUAGCCGUCUGUCGCUCUGUACAUAGUCCCUCUGCAUGUUGAGCCGUCUUCCGUUGUUGAAUUCCAUCCUACCAGCCGCGUCGCAUAAGAUCCGGGUCGGGAGUUUCUCUGAUACAGCUCGAAUGAUGCUGGCUGCUCGUUCAUCUGUACGGGCUCUUUUAGUGCGAAAAUUUCUGUUCACAAGGUUGCCACCGUUAUUCAAUGACUGGCACAGACUUUCGGUUCUUUCCCAUCCUGGAUGCGUGGAACGCAGUCAACUGUCGCGGUGUUUUAUGUCUGCGUCUUGGAAUCAUUGAUGGGCAAUUCUUCUUCAGGAGUCGGCAGAUGCAAUCCACCCCUCUCGUUCGCACUACCGCCUAGUCCAGAUGCCUUCAGCCUUCCACACGGAUCGUUGCAUAAAAUCUUCCAUUUGAUCCUGUGGGAUGCGACGCGGGACAGCUAUCGGUCUCGCGGAGAAAUGUCUUAUCUGCGGCUUUAUGAUCAACCUGUUUGAGCAGUUAGUUACCAACUGCUUUCCCUAUUGUCCUGUCUUUUCUAAUUUUAUUCCCUUACUUCACGAAUACAGCAUGG